AUGGUGGUGCCGUACAUCGACACACCGCGCACCGAAGUCGACGGAAACGCGACUUACCUGACCAAUGGCUUUCGCAGCGUCGGACGGCACAACCUAUCGGCGCUCGAUUCGGUUGAGAACUCGUUCCAGACACCCUCGAAAGAUGAAGACCUUCUGAAGGGGCUCGGUGAUGAUCGGAGACGAAGCUCCGGCGCAUUUAAACUCAGUACACCGCGUGCAGGCACCGGUUCCAAAUCGACAAGAAACGCGUUGAACGGCCGGCACCACCUUCCGACCGCAGCACCACCCAAGGGAGAAUUCACUCCAUUGAUGCGGAGUGCUGCAAAGAACAAUUUCUUACGAAACAUGUCCACAGCGAGGGGCAACGGUCACAAAACCCCAGCAUAUAUGAAGGAAGGUCGCAGCAAUAUCCAUACCCCCGGCCUGCCGAGUUACGAUAUGACGGGUAUCGACGAGGAGGACGAAACUGACGACCAACCCACGCCACUGCCGCAGGCUGCGAGCAGUAGUGUGCAAAGUACACCCCUUCCGGGGUUGUCGGGUAGAGGCGGGAAUGGUCUCUUGAACGAUGGCCAGAACAUGACCCUAAGGGAACAGGAAAAGAUAAUCGACAAACUAGACAAGGACAACUUCGGCCUGAAAUUAAAGAUCCACUAUUUGCAAGAGCAACUAGAGAAAGCAGGCCCGUCUUACAAUCAAGCCGCACUCAAAGAAAACACCGAGCUCAAAGUGUCGAAGCUCACGAUGCAACGAGAUAUCUCCCGAUAUAAGAAGAGCCUCCAACAGGCAGAACGCGAUCUCGAAGCCUACCGCGUACAAUUUCAAGAACUCCGAGAGAAAGUACGGAGGGGUCAAUUGGAUGAAACAUCACAGCGCGAAAUGAAUCUGAUGCGGGAGGAACUGGAAUCGAAAGAUCAUCGAGUCAGAGAACUCCAGGAAGAACUUCGAGACGCGAAGGACAGGCAAUCAGAGGAGAUUGAAAAACUCCGCGAUGAGAUCGAGGACCUGGAAGCCUCCCUCAGGGAGAAGGAGCGUACGAUUGACGAGCGCGAUGAGGAGCUUGAAGAGUUGAAAGACAAGGAUAGCAAGGAAAAUGGAGCACUCGCUGAGCUUGAAUCCGAACUUCAACGUGCAAAGGAGCAGAUGGAAGAGCUACAGGACUCUCUUGACCAAGCGAAGUCUGAAGCUCGAGAGGCAAGGGAGUCUGAAAGCCGUGCAAGGAGCGACAAGGAGGAGGCCGAGAAGAACUUGCAAGAGCUACAUGAUGAGAUGGCGAACAAGUCCAUUAGUACAAAGGGGCUGACUCGCCAACUAGAAGAAAAAUCAAACAAGUUGGAAGAAGAACUCCGGACACUGCAAGAGCAAAACAGCGUACUGAAAGAAGAGCUUGAAAGGAAGGCCCGGAAUGAAGCCCACCUUGAAGAAAACUACCAACGGGCUCAGCAGAGCAUGAACGACGAAGGACAGAAGUUACAUGACGAUGUUGCACUGGCAAGACAUGAACGAAAUGUAGCUCAGCAGGAACGUGACACGCUCUCUGCUCAAUUGCAAGAAGCGCUCGAUGAGAUCCAGCGUAAGACAGAGGAAAAGGAGCUUCUGCAAACACGCCACUACGCUUUAACCGAUGAAUCCGGUGGUCUGCAGGAUGAGUUGGCCCAGGCGCAAUCCAGGAUACGAGAGCUCCAACACUCCAUCAAUGAUGCGAAAGAGCAUGCCCUGGAGGACGCCGAUACCGUUCGCACCCAAUAUCGAGAGGAGAUUGAGAGACUCCAGGAAGAGAUCGAGGCUCUUAAUCAUGAGAUUGAAGAUAAAGAAGGUCAAUUUGCAUUGGAACAAGACAGAUGGGAAAGUACCAAGCGAGCCUUGCAACUUCAGAAGGACAGAGCAGAAGACCAAGCGGCUGGCUUCAAGCGUACUAUUGAGAAGCUUGAGCAAGUUGAACAUACUCUUACGGGCAAAGAAACCAAGCUUCAAGAAGUCAUUGAUAGCGAGAAAGCGCGGCACUUUAAUUCGGAAGCGGUCUUAAGUCGCCAAGUGAAGGAGUUGAACGACGAGCUCUUAUCAAAGAGACAAAUCAUUGAUGACCAACGAACUGAGCUUCUUUCAGUUAAGGAAGAACUUCGCCUCGCCAAACGCGAAGAGGUAGCAUUGACCGAAAAAGUACAGGCUCUGGAGGACGAGGUCGUGGUAUUGCAAGCGAACUUGGAGGAAGAACGAGAAUACGCCAAGGGACGAAUGCAGAAAGGCUCCAGUGAUCAUGACAACAGGCUGCAGAACUUGAUAUCUGAAAAGCAAAAACUUCGUGAUCAGCUGGCCAAUGCUCAUGUCGAAUUACAUGACCUACGAACGUCGAUGGCUGACCUCGAGGCUGAGCGUGAUGAGCUCCAGUCUCAGGUCGACCAAGCCCAGCAUCAAGUUGGCGACACUACCAAGUUCGAUAAAGAAAAGGUUGAGCUCCGCAAGUCUACCCUGCGUCUCGAAGGCGAGCUCAAGAGGCUGAGGGAGGAGAAGUCAUCGCUUGUGGAAACGAAGGAGGCUCUCGAAAAGCAGCUCAGCGCUGAAGUUGAAAGAGCUACUAUGGAAGAAAAUCGUCUUGCGAUUGAGAUCGAUCAACUUCAAGACAAGCUGCAAGCAACUUCGGGUGGAAAAGAUAGGGAACUGACUUCGGCAAAGAGUAAAACACAGCGUCUCGAAAGGCGAGUACAGGAACUAGAGGCACUUCUAGAGCACCAACCUUUAACCGAACAUGAACACUCGACCCCGAACGCAGACCUCUCGAUGCUGCGUCAUAACCUAGACGAGGCGCGGAAACGAGAGAAGACCCUACUUCAGCGAGAAGCAGACCAAAAGGCCUCCGUCCGAAGCUGCAAAUCAAGAAUCGCCGAGCUCGAGAGAGAAUUGCACGACACUAUGAUGCGGAAAUUUGAGGACCACUCUCAUGCGUCGCCUUCUGAUAAACUCCACGAAGAGCUACGAAGCUUGCGAAAGCAACUCUCUGAGGCGCAUCGCACGCUAAGAGAGCUGAAAAUAAAGAACCGAGACCUCGAACGAGCUGCAAUGAGGGAGGAAGACCAGCGAGACUUGCACGAGCUGCUGAGAUCGUCUACUCUUGAGGCCGAGUCCUUGGCCCUGAAGGUAUCAGAGCGGGAUGCGCGAUUGAGUGAACUAAGAGCCCAAGUCCGCAGGAUCCGGGAGGAGCGCGCCUUCUGUGCACGAAAGGCAGAGGCGGCCAUCAAGGACUUGGACUCUCUUCAAGAACGUUACAACCAAUUUGUGGAGAAGGCGGGCUCCAAAUCAGAUAGCAAGAGCAGACACGACAAGGAGAUUCUGGGCUUAGGCAAGGAGAUCAUUUGGCUCCGUGCUCGGCUGAAGCGAGAGGAAAAGUUCCGACGUGACCUGGCUUGGAGCAAGGGCCUGAUGGAGCUUGGAGAGAGGGUCCGCGUUGCAUGUAACGAGGCCGAUCUCAGAAUGAUCUCUGAGAUGGGAGUUAAGCCCCGUGAUCGCAGUAUGCUUCGCAGCCCACGACAGAAGCUCAAGACCGGCAUAUUCAUGGUCAAAGCGAUUGUACGGAUGCAGCGCAUGGGCCAGCAGUGGCAAAAGACGAAGAAGAUAGGCGAGGGCCUCAAACGGGCCAAGAACGAGGUGCUGAAGAGAAGAGAGGCGUCGAGUAGCAAGGCAUCGGUGUAA